ACAAAAAUUCCAACGCAGCCAAAAAAAUUACAAGCCAACACCAAAAAUUGUGCAAAAUAUUUACACGUAAAUUAAUUUAAAAAAUUGUGUUAGUAUAAACGCGUUACACAUUAAAUCGUUCUCGUCAACAUCGGUGCAUUGUGCAACGGUAUCUUAUCAACGGCCGUCGCUGACACCGUUCGUGGUUUUUUAUAUCUGUGUCAAUCGGAAAAGGGGCAACAACAACAAAUAGUUUUAUGCUCUUAAUGCCCCGCGAACGUCCGUGUGUGAUCAUUCAAUAAAUAAUAUAAGUGGUCAGUGUGUCUGUGAAUAUACGUGUUUAUGGCAGUUCCUCUGUGUGCGUGAUGUGCGUCUCUGUGAGAAUUAUGCAUAACUAAUUCAAGGUGUCAAAGCUCGCAGCACAAUUUCCGCAUCUUUUUUCAAAAAAAAAAAAAUUAAACGAGAAAGGGUGGUCACACUAAAAUCAACUAGAACAACAAAACCGAAAAGUCACGAUUAUUUUUGUUUGUUUUCCAAGUUGAAAAUAAACCGAAAUAAAAUCAGCCUCAAUCAGCUGUUGGCUGUGCGAGCGCGAACCGUCGAAAGUGCAAGCGAGAUAGCUUGCAUGCGCGCCAAAACGUCAGUUGAGCGCAUAGUGGUUGAAAUAACGCAAAACGAUUAUGAAAAAUUAAUAUAUCAUUUAUUUAAAGCAAAUGAAACAAAUGUGGAUAUAGCUGCAACGGCAGUAGCUACUGCUGCUGUAUCAAUGGAAACAGAGACGAGUAAAGGAGUGGAAACGGAAAUGGGUUCGCAUACGGGAACGGGUACGGGAACGGGAACGGGAACGGGUACGGGAACGGGAACGGGAAUGGGAACGGGUAUAGGAACGGGUACUGGUAUGGAAAUGCCGGUCACAGUUCCUAAAAUAAAACCACCCAGUCGAUCUAAUAUACCCACGCCCGCAUCCUCCGUGACCGGAAUACCCACAAAAAUCAAGCCGCCCUCCCAUUACGGCUCAACUAGCUCCGUAUCGAAAAUUGGCAGGCUCUGUUGCACACAUACCACUCCAAAAACCGGACCUCCUCCUAGAGACACGAACAGCAUGAGUCGUGAAAGCGAUGACAAUUUGAGUUCGAUCAAUUCGGCGUAUACAGAUCUCUAUCAAGAGACUGUUAAGCGCUUUACGCGCUCCUCUCUCUCACCCACAUCCGAUUGGGAACGCAGCUCGUUCAAGUCUCGAACUCCAACGCUCUCCGACAAUGGACGUCGCACAUCUUACGAUUAUUAUCUAGAGGCCACAGGUCGACGACGUAGCUCAGAUCACAACAGCACCGUGCUGACAGCCAACACAGAGCAGUUUAUAAUUGGUCAGCGUGUGUGGGUGGGCGGUUUGCGUUCUGGCCAGAUAGCCUACAUAGGCGAGACACACUUUGCGCCCGGCGACUGGGCAGGCAUCGUGCUCGAUGAACCAAAUGGCAAGAAUGAUGGCUGUGUCUCGGGCAAACGUUACUUCCAGUGUGAGCCAAAGCGCGGCAUUUUCUCGCGUCUCACACGUCUCACCACAUAUCCGCUGUCGGGCGCCAUGACGCCCACUUCACCUCUAUCGAAGCAAUCGCCGGAUCGUUCGCUUACAGUUUCACCAACCGCCAGUAUGCGCAGUUCCAUGCUGCGCAGUCCCGGAACGGGCAAGAAUGGACUGACAGUGGGCGAUCGUGUGAUUGUCUCGUCGGGCUUUGGUAGUCGACCGGGCAUCUUGCGCUAUCUGGGGGAGACACAGUUUGCGCCUGGCAACUGGUGUGGCGUCGAGCUGGACGAAGGCAGCGGCAAAAACGAUGGUGCUGUCGAUGGCAUAAGAUAUUUUGAAUGCAAACCGAAGUUUGGUGUCUUUGUGCCGAUUGCCAAGGUUUCGCUAUCGCCAUCGUCAAAGAAGACGCGUCUAUCGCGCACCGGUUCGCGCGAAUCUCUCACCUCGAUUGGCACCAUGAACAGCAUAGCCACGACAAACACGUCGCGUAUACGCAUGAAUGCACAGCGCAAGUCGAGCACGCCCAUUCGGUCAAUUGUAACGACGCCGAAAAAUCAAUUUUCCAUGCAGGAUCUGCUACGCGAGAAGCAACAGCAUGUGGAACAGCUGAUGGUGGAACGUGAUCUGGACCGGGAGGAUGCGCAAAAUCAGGCGCUGCAUCUGCAAAAGAACAUCAAUGAGCUUAAGUUACGGAUUUUGCAAUUGGAGUCGCAGUUGGGCGAUGAACGUAAGAAAUCGGAGGAAUUGCAAUUCUCUAUAGAUGAAGCACAGUUCUGUGGCGAUGAAAUGAAUGCCCAAUCUCAGGUGUAUAAAGAAAAGAUAUUUGAUCUGGAAAAGAAAAUUACAAAGCUCGUCUCAGCCACGCCCAGCUUACAGAGCAUACCGCCUAUGGAGGAGAGCGUCGCCUUGGCCAAUGCCAAGGCGCAAAUCGCUGAGCUGCAGGAGAAGUUAAGCAAUCAGGAGAAGCUGAGCGAGGCACGUCACACCGAGUCGCUGGAUGAGCAGGAACGUUUGCUCGAGAAUAUCAACUAUCUGCAGAAGCAGAAUGAGACACUGCAAUUGGAGCUGAUGGCCAAGGAUGAGAGCCUGGAGAAGUUUUCGCUAUCCGAGUGCGGCAUCGAGAAUCUGCGACGCGAAUUGGCGCUGCUCAAGGAAGAAAACGAAAAGCAGGCGCAGCAGGCCAAGGAGGCAUUCGAUCAGCAGCUGGCAGAGAAGGUGGAGCAAGUGAGGCAGCUAAGCAAAGAGCUGCACGAAAUCAAGAGCUCAUCCUAUACGCUGGAGAGCCAACGGGCGCAUGUCACCGAUGCCUGUGAGAUUCUUCAAACAGAGAUUCGGAUGAGAGACGAACAGAUCAAAGAACUAAACCAGCAGCUGGACGAAGUCCAUACCCAGUGGAAUGUGCAAAAGGCGGACAGCAGUGCGCUCGAUGAGCUGCUCACGGUGCUGCAGACGCAAAAUGCGGAUAGCAAAAAGUUGGUGGAAGAGCUGCAAGCAGCGAAUACCGCAAUGGCCCACGAGAAGCAGCAAUUGCAGCAGCAGUUGAGCGGCUUGCAGGAGCAGCUGCGAGCGAGCGGCGAUAGCAACGCGUUGCUACAGCAACAGCAGCUCGAGAAUGCGCAGCUGAAGGAAGCAAAGCAAGCGCUGGAGCAGCAGCUGCAGCAGGAAUCGAAGCUAGUGCAGACUCACAAAGCAGAGACGGAGGAGAAGGACUUAAAACUGCAGCAACUGCAGCAUCAGCUGGACGAGCAAACCAUGCUGCGUGCCCAGCUAGUCGAGAGCCAACAGCAGCUCAAGCUGGAAAGAGCUGCAGAGCAGAGUCAAGCGAGUGAGAGAACAUUAGACUUAGAAGCCACACUGAAAGCCAAGCAAAGUCAGUUGGAGCAGCUGCAGCAGCAGCUGCUGGAGCAAACUCAAAUCCAUGCACAGCAAGUCGAAAAUCAAGAGCAACUGCGCCAAAGCCACGCUGCAGAGUUGAGCCAAACUAGCGCCAGAGCAGCUGAUUUGGAAGCCACAUUAAAAGCCACGCAAACCCAGCUGGAGCAACUGCAGCUGGAGGCCACGCGGAGCGGAGAACACAGUGCUCAACAGCUGAUGAAGCUGCAAGCAGAGUUCGCUCAACUGCAGUCCAAGGAGAGCGAAACUCAAGCAGCUUUAAGUGAACGUCUAGUGGAGCUGGAGACGGCGAAGCAACAGCAGCAGACGCUGCAAGCAGCAUUAGAAAAGAAGAAGGACGAACUUGCAACAGCUCAGAUGCAGUGCAUCCAAACGGAGACGCAGCUGAAAGCCAGCGCUGAAGUGGAAAUAAGCGACGUCAAGCGACAAAAUGCUGCUUUGCUAGCUAAGUGUGAGAGCCAGCAGCAGCAGCAGGAGAAGGUGCAAUCGGAGUUGAUUGAGGCACGUUCAAGCACCACGCAGCUGCAGGAGACGCUCAAGCAGCUCAACGUGGAGCUGCAAGGCAAGCAGCAAAGCCUUGCAGCACUAGAGAGCGUAAGCAGCACUCAACGCUUGGAGCUGGCGAGCGACAAUGAGCUGCUGCAGCAGACGAAUGCGAGGUUGGAGCGGGAGCUCAAAGAGGUGCAGCAGAACCUGGAGAAGAUGAAGUUGGAGUCGGAGCAGAGACAAACGCAGCUUGUGGACCAGGAACAGCUGGUCAUACAGAAGGAUCUAGCUCUGGGCGAUGCAGGCCGGCAGCGCGAGCAGCUGGAGGCUCGUUGCCAGUCGCUGCUGCAGCAGCAAGAAACAUUACAGCAGCAGCUGAACAAUUUGCACAGCAGCUCAACUGACUCCAAUGCAGAGCUAUUGAAGCUCUCGCAGCAGCUGCUGGAGCAGCAGCAAACCAACGAACAGCUGAGCACAAAGAGCAACGAGGAGCGAGGUGGACUCGAGCGCCAAUUGCAGGCAAGUCAGCAGCGUCUCGAUGCGCUAUGUGGACAGGUGGAGCUGCUCACCAAGGAGCUCGCCAGCAGCACAGAGCAGUCCGCUGAGCUGCAGGGCAAGCUCAAGGCCGAGCAGGAGCUGGCGGCCAAACAAACGCUGGAGCUAAGCGAUGCCCAGCGCAAGCUAGAGGCGACCACAGUCAAGUGCGAGCAGCUGGAGCAGCAGCAGGCGAAGCUGCAGCAAGAACUGAACAGCGAAAGGACAGAGGGUAGCGAGCUGAACUCCAAGCUGACGCAGCUAACGGAGCAGCUGAGCAAUGCAGAGAAGCAGCUCAGCUUGGAGAAGGAUGCGAGCAGUGAGAAACGCCUACAGCUGGAACGUGAGCUCCAGGUGAGUCGCGCAAGCAUAAACGAAUCACAGACCAACGAAGCAGCAGCCAGAGAGCAACUCAAAACUGAGCUGGAGAAGCGAGAUCAGGAGUUAAAGCAGCUGCAGGUCCAGCUGAGCGAAACACAGGCAGCCAACGAAGUGGCUAUCAAGGAGCUGCAAGAGAGAUUGGAUAUAACCAACACAGAGCUUAAGCACAAAGAGCAGCUAGCUAUCGAGGAUGCGCAGAAGAUAGCGGACCUCAAGACUUUGGUAGAAGCCAUUCAAGUGGCAAAUGCAAAUAUAUCGACGACCAAUGCAGAGCUCUCCACGGUGCUGGAAGUGCUUCAGGCGGAGAAGAGCGAGACGGCGCACAUCUUUGAGCUGUUCGAGAUGGAGACGGAUAUGAAUGCAGAGCGGCUGCUCGAGAAGUUGCAGGGCAUGAAGCAGGAGCUGCAGGACACGCACAGCCAGCUGGAAACCCAGCUGUGCAACAGUAAGGAAUUGGAAGCCAAGCUGCAAGAGCUGCAGAAGCAUGAAGAGAACUUACAAGGCACAGCCAUAGAAGCCGCGGAAGAACUUCGUCAAAGGCAGCAGGCCAAUGGGGAGCUCCAGGAUGCACUGCAGCAGAGUCAAUCCAAGCUAGCCGAGACGCAGCAACAGCUGGAAGAAAGUCAAAUCCAAUUUAAGCAACUCCAAGAGCAACUGCAGCAGGUCCAGCAAAGCGAAACGCAACUGCAAGCGGAAGUUGCUAAAUCCAACGAGCAACUGCAUCAACUGCAAGCGAUCAGCACAGAGCAGCAGCAAGUGCUGCUGCAGAAGCAGCAGCUGCUGGACAAAGGCAACGAGCUGGAUGACCAACUAUCGGAAUAUCAAAAGGUAAUCGAUGAAAUGGAUGAGGCUUCCAGAGAAAAGUCUUCAAAGAUGCAGCAGCUGGAGAUUCGCAUCAAGGAGCUUGAGCUGGCACUGCAUCAAGCUAAGGAAUCACAGCAGCUGACGCAUCUGGAGUGCCAGCAGCUGACGCGGAAACUGCACUCACUAGAGCUCGAGGAGGCACGCGAAAUUAUGGCAAUGCGUGCCCAAGCCAAUGGGUCCAGCAAUCCAGCUACAGAAGGCGACGAUGCUGAAGUCGACACUGAAACCAAUCUGGCUAAGAUUAACUUCCUCAACUCAAUCAUAGCGGAUAUGCAACAGAAGAACGAUGCAUUAAAAGCCAAGGUGCAGACGCUGGAAACGCUGCCCAUAGACUUUACCAAACCCUACGCCUUUGAAAUGUUGAACAAACGAAAGCCAGCUCCACGUUUGUUCUGUGAUAUCUGUGAUGAGUUUGAUAAGCAUGAAACGGAGGAUUGUCCGCUCCAAGCAGGCGAUGAGCGCGACUACUCGCCGCCGCCACCUGCCGACUCCAACAGCAAUGAGAAGGAGCGAAAGCUGCCGGCUCCACGCAAAUACUGUGAGUCCUGUGAAGUUUUCGGACAUGAUACGAGCGAGUGCGCCGACGAUGAGACCUAUUAGAAAACUAAGCUAAUCUAAGUUAAUUUUGUUCGUUGUUACACUCGCGAACAUAUUUUUAUAAUCUUAUAAUCAACCUUAAAGCUAACUAAUCUAUUUACAACAUUUUAUACCUCUUCGGAAGCUGUUUUAAUGUUUUGCAC